CGCCCCUCGCGCUGGAGGCGGAGCCGGGGCCCGGGAGCCUGGGGCCCCGCGGCUUGACCUCCCCGAACGCCGGGUCCCGUGACGUCACCUCGCCGUGACGCGCACGCUGUAGGAAAACUGUAAAAAUGAAUGCCAUGACUUGUCUAGUGUUGAAAAUUUGAAGUUUAGAAGAACUUGUUGAAGUCAGUUCAUAUCAGUUCCAUAUGUUCUUGCUUCAUGGGUUUGGAAGCUUAGAUAUUAUGAACAUAAACAUUUAGGAUUAUUAUAUCCUCUUGGGAGGUGACUCCUCAAGUCAUAUACUUCACAAUGCAGAAUUCUUUGUCAGUACCACCAAGAGAUCAAGGAGAUGUUCCCAAGCACAGAAGUCCUAUUGAGAAACAGCUGACUCAGAAAAUGUCAGACUCUCCCCAAAAAAGCAUUUGCACAGGUGAACCAAACAUCCCUUCUGGGACAAUUCAGAGUGGGAAAGGUCUGCAGAAUAAGAGUCAGUUUAGGAGCAUUGCACCAAAAAUAGUGCCCAAGGUGCUACCUCCCCGGGUGCUGCCAUGCCACUCACCGUCAGUCUCCGGUCGGGGGAAUCCAGGCCCCUCCGUCACCUCCAAGUCCCUGGGGAUGCCUGCCCAGAAUUAUGCUCUGAUGCAGGUGGCUGGCCACGAGGGGACCUUUUCUCUCGUCGCAUUGUCCCAGGUUGCCUCGGCUCAGCCCAUCCAGAAACCCAGAAUGCCCCCACCCGAAAACCUCAAAUUGCCGAUUCCUCGGUACCAGCCCCCCAGAAAUAACCGAGGCCCAAGCAAGAAGCCUGUUCUGAGCUCUUCAGAGAACAGCAAACAGCGUCCCCAAGCCCAAGCCUCCCCUUCCGCAGCUGACCACCGGGAACCCCCACACAAACCUGGUCCCACGGACCAAGGGCCAAGUGUCUUCCAAGCCCCAGUUGGCAUCAGCGCCACCAGGAGAGGUGGCCCUGGAGACCCUCAAUCGCCAGUGACCAGUGAGCGAGGAGCCCCAAACACUUCUGUCACUCCAGCAUCAUCUGUCCCCCGGGAACUCACCACCAAGCAGGGUCUCAGGAAGACUCCGAGGAAGGCAACUUCUGUGAGCAAAAUGGCACCCACUAAACCUGACGCUGCAGCCAGUGAGAAGCUUAAAGGACAGAUCGAUCUGACGAGAGCCAUGACCGUGUUGUCACCAGCCAUUCUGGGUAACACUGUUCAGUUGAUCCCGUCCAUCCCCAAAGGAAAACUGCCCAUCUUACCUUACACAAGAGUGAAGACAGCCGACGCUCACAGGAGUGACCUGGAUGGCCACCGUGCAGAUUUGCCUUUGGCUGGACUCGGAGCAGACUGUGGAAAGGCCUCGUCUCUCCCGGCAGCCACCAGUGCGGCGGACAGGGUAACCGGCCCUCCCGCACCCAGGCAGAAUCUCUGCGGGAACGCCUUCGGCCCGGCCACCAAGCCUGAUCUCCAUCACAAAACCAAGCUGAACGGGGGCCCCACAAAAAGACGGGGACGAAAACGCAAGGUCCCCGAGGACAUUUUGGCCUUCCAGGGCAAAAGGAGAAAAUGUCUCAUCAGUAAAUGUCGGGAGAGUAAAGAGAAAGUGAAAAGCGGUCCCCAAGAAUCCAGAGACCACAAAUCCGAGGCGAUGAAAAAAUACCGCAGCAUUAUGCCCAAACCCAUGCUGGUCGUGCCCGCGCUGGCCCCGCUGGCGCCGCCGGCCGCCCUGCUGCCGCCGCCCACCCCGGGCAGCCCCGGGCAGGAUGCUCAGGCCAGGCACCCGCUCCCUCCUAAACACCUGCCCGGGAAGCAGGACGGCGGCCCUGCCCCCAAGCGCAGCGCCGGCUUCCGGAACGGCUUCUCCUGGCACAGGUGCCACGUAUGUAACCACCACUUCCAGUUCAAGCAGCACCUCCGGGACCACAUGAGCACCCACACCAACAGGCGCCUCUACCGCUGCCGCGUCUGCCUCAAGGCCUACGUCCGCUCGGGCAACCUGAGCACGCACAUGAAGCUCCACCACAGCGAGAACCGCCUCAAGAAGCUGGUGUGCUGUGAGUUUUGCGCCAAGGUCUUCGGGCACGUCAGGGUCUACUUCGGCCACCUCAAAGAGGUGCAUAGGGUGGUCAUCAGCACAGAACCCUCCCCCUCCGAGCCGCAGCCAGGGGACCCGCCGAAGAACAGAGACGCGGCUGUGCGCUGGCCAGAGGGAUCUGGGGAGAGGGAAAACAAGUCAAGCCUGGAAGACCUCCUCCUCAACCAGGCGGAUGAAGUGAAAUUACAAAUCAGAUGUGGCCGCUGUCAGAUCACUGCCCAGUCCUUCGCCGACAUCAAGUUCCACUUACUCUGCGCUCACGGAGAGGAAAUCCAGGGCAGGCUGCAGGAGGCCAUGUUGCCCGGAAGCCGAGGUGCUCCUGCCCCAGAGGAACUGGUCAAGCCUGAGGCCCCACACUGGAAGCAUCCUGAAAGAAGAAAGCCGGGGAAGCCUGCACCCGCCGAGGAGGAACCACACACGUUUCCCAAGCUGAAAAGGCCGCCCUCCCUUCAGCCUCAAAGUGGCAGCGAGGACAUGCCCAGGGAAGAGGCCAGAACCCAGUCAGGACCUAGGGAGCCCCGAGGAGACCACCAAGACCUUGACAGCCCCUGCCCCAGCCCCAGGGCCCAGGAGCCGCAUUCCGGCUUUAACUGCAUCCUCUGUGCACAGACUUGGGGACAAAAAGAAGAACUGCUCCUGCACUGGGAACAGCAGCACAACUGCGAGAAUCCUCCCAAACUCUGGACGAUUUUAGGUGCACUCUCCGCACAGGGAGUGACUGAACUUGCCAAGGAAAUAAAAAAAUGAAAUGCUGGCCCAGGAGGCCCUUCAGAAGAGUUUGUGCUCUUCCAUUGCUCUCCGGGCUCUGUGUUUUCAUGGUGGUGCUUAAUUUUUUUUUUAAGUCACACAGGGUAGAAUCAGCAUUAAUAAGCAGAAGUGAUUUUUUUGUACAUAGUUUUAUUUUCUUAGGAAAUAUAUAUAUAUAUACACACACACAUAUGUCCUUGGUGCAUAUUUUUCUAACUUCAAUGCAGUUUUUAUGUUGAAAUUCUGUAUACUAACUUAAAGUCUUAGAUGUUACCACAGAAUAAAUUUUAAAAGAUCAAAAUUUAGAGAUUAAAAAUGAGAGGAUAUAGGCCAUUCUUCUAGUAUAGUUUUCAGUAAAAAUGUGUGUUUGAGUCCAUCUGACAAUAUAUGUGUGCAUCCUUUUAUUUAAAGAUUUUCUGUAUCCUUUUAUUUAAAGAUGUUCUGUAUCCUUUUAUUUAAAGAUUUUCUGUUAGAGUAGAUUGACAAAUGUGAUAAAAAUCCAGGUGGCAAAACCAUUUUAGUCUCAACCAUAGGAUAUUGUUGAUAGCAACCUGAUUCUCUUUUUUCAAAUAUGCUAUAGAAUGUAUAUUGAAAAAGUUAUCAUCUACCCUAACUUAAAAUCCAUCUCUUAAGGGCUCAUACUUUUUAAAUUAGACUAUAUUUUCUUAACUAUCUAUUGUCAUGAAGAUUAAUUAGAUGCUGGGAAUCUUAGACCUAUAUUGUUCCAUAUAAAAGUGAAAAAAUAAAAUAAAAAAAAAACACCUUUUAGUACUUCAGAUAAUAAAAUAAAAAACAAACAAAAAAACUUCUUUUGGUAAAAACGUUAUUUUCAAAUAGCCUAGCAGGCCAGAAAAUUUACAACCUGGAAAGUGAACCAGAUAGUUUAGUCCAGAUGUCUCGGUGUUGAAACUGCUUUUCUUCCCUCUCAACUUCAGAGUGUUGUCUCUAGCUGAUCAAUUUUCGAUUCAACUGUGCCUUUCAAGCCCAGGUUCCUUUUGAAAGUCAAGAGUAAAUGAUUGCCUCUUAAAUUCCUAGGAAAUGACCUUGAAUCAGAAAAGUUGCCAAUUUGAAGUUCCUGAUCUUCUCGGCUGCAAAAUCAUUUUCUUUGGGGCCAUUUGAGCACUCGUUGCUACUAAGAUUUCAGUCUUUGGAUAAGAAUACUGUGUGUGUGUGUCUCACUCUGCCUGCCCAAAGCCUGGCCCAGACAUCAUCAGAACAUUUUUCCCCACUUAGAGCAAGUUACCUCAAGAGGGGAAGAACUAAAUUCUAAUAAGAGGGUCUUAAAUUAUCUUGUUUGAAUGUCUAGUUUUCAAAGCAAAUAUUCAUGGUCACAGUUUGACUCAAAUCAUACAAAAAGGGAUAUCUCAGUCCUUGACUUCUUUCAAAUAGGUUUAUAAAUUUACAACUAAGAGGACAGGGAUGGAACUCACUAACAGAUGUCCCCAUGGUUUAUCCACCAAUCAUGACCUACCCAAUAUCAGAAACUUUUAGACUCCCCUAUUGAAUUUUUCAGAAUUAGUAUUGAAAUUAGUAAUGAAAAAGCUUACAGCACUUUGGUGUAGUACCACUUUGUUUCAGAAAGGUUAUUCUUAAAGAUAUUAAAAAAAUGAGAUCCACAAAGAAUAUGGCUUGAAGUCAUACCAUGAAACUUGAAGUCAAACUGUGUAACAGUCUAUAAGCUGUUUCCAGAAUUACCUUUGCUAAACUUUUCCUUUUUUGCCUCCCCAGUAGGAUCCCGUCUUCCCAACAUUCUCAAGGACAAAGACUAACUAUGAAGAAACACCCUUCAUAGUAACUCUUCCAUCUUACUAUGAAUAUUUACUAUGAAGGGCCAGAAAACACUAACUCAUUGACUGCUCGGUCCUCAGAGGCAGAGGCGAAGCAGAAUUUCUGAAAUCCUAGCCAGGGGUAGAGGAGGGGGCCCAGAGUAUGUAGACAGGUAAAGAGGUCGUAGCAGAAAUUCCGCUUCCCUCCCUUGAGGGAAAGUCUCAACUACCCAAGGCUGUGGAGAUAUGUACUGUGGUCAGUGUUCAAUCACUCUUAAAAUCACAACAGAAAGAAUUAAAGGCAUAGAAAGGGGACAGAGGACAGAGGUGGAGGAUCGUGAUUCAUUGCUCUGUCAGAAUUCUUUCCCCUCAGGUCUCUAAAUCUGCUGGGUGGAAGUAGGGGGAAAGGGAAGGAGGGAUCAACACACCUGUAAAGGCACUUGUUAGAGUGAAGGAAGCUCUGAAUGCAGUGAGGCUCGCUUGAUGCCUGUGUCUGGGUUCAUUCAGGAGAGAACGUAUGUCACAACUCUCAGAUUCUAGAAAACUGCCAGAGAGCAACCCUCUUUCACAUGAGGAAAAGCGUUUUUCUGGCCCUUCAUUGUAACUCUUCUUCCAUGAGAGUGUUGGGAAGAAGGAAUCCUAGUGGAGAGAAAAAAAGAAAAGUUUAACCAAGGUAUCUCUGGAAACAGCUCAAUCGAAAGGCCAGUGGGGUUCAGUGGAGGAACCUGCCUUAGGUGUAGCUCUGUCACUGUCACAGGCCCAGCCUCUAAGCCCAGAGGCAAUGAGGUGGAGAAGAAGGUGCUUCCUCCCCUUGGCCUUGGCACUCAUCUUUCUGGAGCUCCAUCCCUCAUCUGUCAAAUCAGGGUGAUGGUCAUGCCUCAUUGGCAUGGUUCUAAAGACCGGAAGAGACACAAAUGUUUGACAUACUUGAGCCACAUGAUUAAGUGAUGAGUGAGACUUAAGUCUUUAGCUAGACUUAGAAGAAGGCACAGAAUGUUACACCAUAGGAAGAUUGUAACAGCUCAGCGUAGCCUCAGAUCCCAGAAUAGAGGGUAAAAAUUACUCAAAACCAUAGACAUUUGUAUUUUUGCAUUAAAAUGUAUUCCUUUUAAUCAGGUUGGGGUCUACCAUGCAUGGAGAUUUGGGAAGUGUCUGUUCAGUCAAUAAAGAAAACUACACUAAAUUAUUUUCGCUCCAGUCUUCACUUUCAGCCUCGUCUUUCUCUCUCCUUUGUCCUUCCUGGCCCAAAUCUAGCUGCAUCCCAGCACUCACAUGUGUCCUCAGCUGGACAGUGGACUUGUCCACCUUCUUACCCUAAGUUAAGCCUUUUGAGGGUAGGGAGUGUGGCUUUGCUCAUCACAGCACUUAGCAAGGAAUACUGCAGACUGGAGCAAUAGCACAGCGUGUAGGAUGUUUGCCUUGCACGCGGCUGACCCGGGUUUGAUUCCUCCGACCCUCUCAGAGAGCCUGGCAAGCUAUGGAGAGUAUCCCGCCUGCACGGCAGAGCCUGGCAAGCUACCUAGGGCGUAUUCGAUAUGCCAAAAACAGUAACAAGUCUCACAAUGGAGAUGUUACUGGUGCCCGCUCGAGCAAAUUGAUGAACAACGGGACAACAGUGCUACAGUGCUACAAAUCUGUUGAAACAUGCAAAUUGGCUUGGUCUAAACACAUUGCCACUUUCCCUUCUUAUGAAUAAAUCCAGCCUUUGAAGCAACUGGACUCCAAGCUAGGAAGGCUUCAAGGCAAGGUGGGUCUCCGGUGCAGCACUUUCAUUUCACUAAUGUCUCUGACUUCUUGGAAAGUUGUCUCAAAGCCAGAAAAAAAAAUUAGCUUUUUUUCCCCCUUUCCUUUGGCCUUAAAUUAUUUUUGAAAGAUACAGCGUUUUCAAUUUGUAUUGUUUUAUUAGCUGUCAUUUUUAUUCAUAUCCCCCUUUGUUUCUCUCCCUUUCUCUGGACCUCGUCCUGGUGUAGCUUGACGGUUCCUCUGCUAAGCUGUUCCUCAUAUGGAAAGUUGUCUCUUCAUCAGCACGCCAUAAAUAACCCAGUCUGGGUGCGUUCCAUCGCCUUCCCGGGCUCCACACUCCCGCCUCUCAGCUGCACGGCUCUGGUUUUCUGUGGCCCCAGUGACAUGGCUGUUGGCCAUAAAUGCUCAACUUCAUUUAUUUAUUAGGAUUCUCAGAUCUGGACUAGUUUGCUCCAUUCAAGCUGCUGACAUGCUUUGUUAGGGCCAUAUUUUAUAGUCUCCACUUUUCACAGAGCUCCUGAGAAAAAGUGCCCUUGGUUAGGAUGAACUGGGAUUUAGCAGGGGAGGUUUUUAGCUUCAACUUUAUACUGACGUCCUUGAUG